UCGCUGUCACCUCAACGCGGAAGACGACGAAACGCAGGAGGAGGAAAGCAAAUGAUCCGUUCCACAGUCAGUGAGGUGGAACAAACGACGUUAUCGUGAGCUCAUACCGCCACACCGACGUUCCCCGUUCCACAUAGCCGCCACGAAGCUCCGCACAGCCCCUAUGAGCCCAAGCGGAGAGACGCUGGGAAUCUGUUGAAAGGAGGUGACACACUCACAGAGGCGCCCCGGCGCAGGGAGUUUAAAGUAAGCUUAUUACCGCCAGAUCAAAACCAAAACACUUGAGUCGUUCCCUUGCCACUUUGGGAGUGUUCGACUGAUGAAGUGCAGCAAAUAAUGAAAAAUUUUUUUGUAUUGAUCAGUGUAAUGCAGUGAGCAAAAGAAACCUUACUGAGCAAUUUCAACUCAUACAUUUGACUGCCCCACCACCGCCUCAGCCUAUCGAUGGGUGAAUCCGGGUCGCGUCGCUCCACGCUGGUGUCCCGCCUGCCCAUCUUCCGUCGGAGCAACAGCAAGCGACAGGACUCGCUGCCGCCGUCACCGUCAUCCGGCGGAAACUGUGUGCACACCUCGUCGCCAUCCAGCACUAACUCCAGUUCGGGGAGUACCGGAAAACGGCGGAGCCUUUUUCGCGCGCCAUCGCUCAGCUUCUCAGUCAAGCGGAGCAGCCAGCCUCGCGUCCAGCCCGUCAACUUGAACCUCACGCCGCCGGCGACGCAGACCACCGACGCCAAUGGGAACAGUCAGCAGCCGAUUACGGCGUCGCAAUCGGCUGGUUUUAGUGAUGCUCACGCUAAGUUGCGACACUCGUUUGGCUUCGGGAGCCACCGGCAGAAGAAAAUCACGCGCUCUCAGACGGAAGAUUUUGACAAGACGUCUGCGUCCUCUUCUGCAACCAAUCGGAAUGUCUUCAUCAACUGCCUCAGUGGCUCGGCAGCCAACGAGGGUGAUGACUCGGGCUUCAUCGAAGAUUACGGCAACGGCAGCAGGCGCUCGUCGCGACACAAGAAGCACCUCCUGCCCAAGUCCCUCUCGGCUCACCACCGCUUCUCUCAACACAGACCCUCAGGGGAGAAUCUGGAAUGCGGCGGUUCCGCUACCCUCUCCCCGGGGACAGGAGGACUUACCCCGGGGUCUUGUCUGAGUGACGCUGGCCUGGAGAGCUCCCUCCAGUCUCCCAUGGUAUCAGAGGACCGCACCACGGCUAUCACCCCUUCUGAGUUCAUCCCCAUCACGGAGGACUCAGUCUCUGAGGCCGAAGCUCUGCCAGCUCCCAGUCCUGGACCCGCUCUUGUGUCUGGACUGACCACCGACACUGUCCCAGCUGAGGGGGCACCUGUCCCAGAGACAUUCAGCGGGACCGUCUCCUCCUCGCAGGUUUUCUUCUCUCCGGAUGUAUCCGGCACUGAGAAACCGUUACUCCCUGAGACCAGCACGGCCAACAACACCGACUAUGAGACGGCUAUCUCCCUCUCGGAACCGGAGACCGCCGUGCCCUGCCCGUCCCCGCGGGAGCUGUCGCCGAACGACGAGGAGGAGGAGCGCGAGGAAGAACGAGAGGAGCCAGGGAGAGGGACGCAGGGACAGGAGGCGGCCGACGCUGAGACCACCAGCGAAAGCGAGGCGGGAGCGCCGAGAAGUGACGGCUGCCGGUCGUACAUGGAACAGUCUGAGAGGAGGGCGAAACACACUCUCUCUGUUCACGAGAAAGGGAACUUUUGUGGCUGCCGUGAACCCAGGUCCUGUCACUUAAGGAAGCCGCACACAGCCUCUAUGUGCAGCAGCGUUAGCCCCUACCACGAGGUGAUGCGCUUGGAGAGGCGCUUGCGUUCCUCCUCUGAAGGGGCCGGCGGUCCUCGUAUCCAUGGCAACCACAGGGACAACCCCGGCGUGGAGGGAUGCGGCCUGCUGAAACACAGGAACAACUCCUCGUCAUCCAAACUGGGAAGUCUGGAUGUCCUCAAUAAUUUGGGCUCCUCUGAGCUGGAUGAAGAUGACCUCAUGUUGGACCUGGACUUAUCUGACGAUCAGCGCCAUCGUCACGUUUCUAGACAAGACUCCAGUCAGUCCUUGGCAUCCUGUCUGAACCUACUCCACUCCCCCAUCGACCCAUCAGGAGAUCGCAUCCCAGUGAAAGACAACUGCCACAGGGAGCUUCGACGUCCGACCAGCCUGCUGCCUGCUGAGUGCAGCUCUGCUCUGCUUCUGGGCAGGGAAGAAGACCCCUUGCCCCCUGGAGUGGAGACCCUCCCCCUGCGACUGAUGCAGCAGGACUGCACCGCUGUCAAGACCCUACUUUUGAGGCUCAGGCGCACCCUGCAGGAGAGUACAGAGACAAGUCCUGCCAGCAGUCUUCAGUCUCUACCCAUUAGCCCCUGCAGUGAAAAGGCCCUUCCAUUGAAGGACUGGAGCAGAGAGGAAGCGUUGCUGCAGCAACUAAAGGAGAAAGACGAACUAAUAUUCCGACUGCAGAGUGAACUGGAGAGUGCCAAAGCUGCCGUAAAGAUGAAAGACGGCCACGUAAGCGACCACGCAACACAGACUGAGCACAUGGGGCCAGAGGCCAACAGCCAUCCAGGCCGGUGGUCAGGACCAGGCAGCAGCAGCAGCAACAGCAACAGCCUACCCCUAAAGGAGCGAAGGGCGCUGCGGACCGGGGGUGCGUCGCCCCCUCUGCCGCUCGCAGGGGACCUCGCUAACCUCUCCCAACACCCGCUAUCUCUCGGUUCUGCCGGGGACGGGGACGACAACCACCUUCACCCACCGGCCGGCGUCCCGAACGCAGCUCCCCAUCUUCCCCGCGCGAUGUCGUCUUUGACCGGCAGGCAGCCGGAGAGGGCGGCGGCGUCGUCCUCCUCCGAGUCCUUAGGAGGAAGCUUGGCGGCCCGCAAGGGGGAGCAUCACCACCCCAGCCUCAUCCCCCGGGCGGUGGGCGCCUCCUCCUCCUCCAGCCUGGCCAGCAGGGGGAGCGUCUCUUCGUCCGGCCUCCCCUCCCCCCCGACCCCUUCCUCCGCCUCCUGCUCUUCGUCGCCCUUCACGGGGCGCCUGGGGCAACCGCCCCGCGGCCCGCUGUCCCUGCACAGCUACUCUCGAAAAAAUGUCUUCCUCCAGCACUCCCUGCACACCGCCGACCUCCAGGCGCUCACGCAGAGAGACACUUGAUCGCCAGCCAACAUUUUGGUUGCUCUUCUUGCGAAGUCGCAAAAGAAAACCAGAAACGAUGCACAAAUUCAACGGAAUGCUCCACACAACUCUCGUGGCUCUUUCUUCGCUGACAUUUUCUUCACGCGCAACGACACGCACAACAGCAAUUUGUUGACUCGUCCCAAAAAGUUGAAAAGAGAGAAAAGAAAUGCGGCACAAAAAAAAAAAAAUCACCUGAUGUUGUUCAGCAAUUUAGACACACACACGCACACAGGUGCUCUUCUCAUAAAUACAGGAAGAAAAAAAAAACAAAGAGUAGACAUUUACCCGAACACAACCACCUAAGUCAUGGAUCAACCUUCGCUGACAUUUUGUUUAUCCACGCACAUGCAGACACGCAAACCUCUCCCAAAAAUUGCAAAAGAAAACAAGCACUGGCGAAGUUCACCUGAACACAAGCAGGCAACAGUCCUGGAUGAAACUUGGGACAUUUUGUUGAUCCGCUCCCUCACGCAGACACGUACACGUGGUGUCAUGCCGACAGUUUAGAUGUGCUUACGCCCGCGUAUGCACGCUACAAAGUGCGCGCGCACGCACGCACGCACACACACACACGGUCAUCCUCAUAGAUGGCUAGCAGGAAACAGGAUGAACCUCAAUUUAUGCACAUUUUAGUUAUUUUUGAAUGUCUUUUUUUUUCUUUUUAAACCUUUUAAUUUAUUUGAACCUUUUUGCUGCUGAACGCUGUGAAGAAGUGUGCUUUGCAGGGAUACUCGCCGACAUCGUUGUCUCACGUUGCCAAAAUGUACGCCAAUGAACUUCCUUCCUUCCUUCCUUCCUUCCUUCCAGUGUUAAAGGGACACUUAGGGGAGCGUCAUAAGUCUGUUAACAAACUCUUUCAAGAAGGGAACACCACACAAAUAUAUACGCUCGCUGAGAGCUUUGUAUCCAGCCCACCGUGCAAUUCUAAAAUGUUAACCUACAAAUGCUGAUAAUACACAAUACAGAGGGUUCUCAGUUUACGGGGGACCCAAAAUAUGAGGUUUCGAGGUUACGAACACGCCAAGUAGUUUGUGCAGCCACGCAAGAAUAUGUGGUCACAUAAAGGGCAGUGUAGUAUUAUAAAACUCAUUUCGUAUUUUUGUUGGUGGAGUUUAGCUCUUAAUUUUAGUCCAAAGUAAUUACAGAGAAAACAUUCACAAAGAGAGAAUUUAUAUAGUUUCGGGGCUGUUUCUACCUCGCAAAAGAAGAUACAUUUUUCUGUCUAGAAUUCCAAGCAUUUUUUUUUACCAGUUGUUCAUUCCAAAAUGUCAAAACAUUGACAGAAAACUAAACGAGCAUCAUAAAGUCUUCAAAAAGAGGUUACUGAAAAUUGUUUAUGUAGCAACUCAUUGGCAUAAUCCACUUGCACAUUUAAAUCUAAGCAGAGGUUUCAAGGAUGUCCAAAAACGUACCGAAAAUUUAGAUUUUGUACAUUUUUAAAUGAAGUGGAACCUCGAAAGCCAACAAAUGAGUCUAAAAUGACAUUCGUCUAAAAAUGUACCGCACAAAAAUGUCAGGAGUUUGAACCAUCAUGCUAAAACUCAGCUCAGUGAGCGGCAAAAGAUGAACUCACUUGUCCUCAAAAUUAAAGCAGAGUAGUUUUAGUGGUUAACAUACAAGUUUUAACUGGUAAGAAUAUUGUUAUUUACUUUACUAAAUGCCUGUAGCUUUAAUAAAGGUUUUAUAAUGGCGACAGUUUGACACAGGAGUGUUGUAUUUAAUGUAUUUGCAUUAUUUCCCAUGUGAAAAGUGCUUCCAAACUGGAUCAAAUCAGGUUGACUGGUGUUCAGAUCGGACGCUGUGGUUCCAUUGCAUCGACAUAUUAAUGCAAGUUUGUUUUUUUCAAUAUGAGCAAAGCCAAUCAGGUUUCUGAAAGAGGUCACGUCCAAUUCCUUUGUAUCAAACUUAAAACCUCGUUAGUAUGGAUCCAUUUUUAAGAGUUUGAGUCAACGGUUACACGACUUUGCUGCUAGGUGCUUUCCUGCCGCCCCCCCCCCCCCCCACUCCCUUACCCAACCCCUCCAUUCUCACUCCAUUCACCUCAGCCCUGCUAAUCACACUCAAUUUUAUUUAAAAGGUCGAGUUUUAACAUUCUAUCUCAUUGACGAAUCAAGAAGCUACAUUUUUAAUGGUGGGAAUUUUAUUUGUAUUUUUAUUAUUGCCUUAUUUAUGUUUACCGGCACAGGAAACAUGAACAAUCAGGCAGUGGGAAGGACAGUAAUACCUAUAAUGUUGCUAUUGUGAAUGAAUCAAAAUUAAUAUAUUAUUUUUUGCUUUUUAAAAUGUUGCUGAUUGUAUGUUUAUUUUUGGUCUGGAAUCACUUUUUUGAAUUUUAAAUGGCUCUACAUGUACAUAGGAUCCUUAUGAGAAGGUGUGAACAAACGUCCGUCUGCAGCUAGAGUAGACAUUGCCAUUAAAAAAACAAAAAACAAAAAAAACAAUCAUUCCAAAUAAUAUUAGUAAUAACUUGUCGGUACUCACACGUCUGAAAGCCAGUUCUUUGCACCUUAACUAAUUGCGACCUCAAAACAACUCAAUUCAAUUCAAAAGUCAUUAAAACAUAAAACUAAAAUGUUUGGAAAAUUUGUUUUUUGUAGAUUAUUUAUGUGAUGUCACACAAGUGCUUUUUACCUGUAAAUGUUCUACCAUUGGAAAAUCUAUUUUUAUCCCCCUCUGAAAUGACACCCCAUAAGCACCAUUCAAUUCUGUAUGUCAAGCUGGUCACACGCUCCUGUGGGGUUGCAAUGGUGUUGGUCAUGCCACUGAAGCAUGUGACCUAUGCUCAAUUUUUAUGUUGUACAAAUGUUUGUUUCGCUUUCAAAUGAUGCCACAUUUAUAAGGAAAGAACAUUUGUGAGCUUAACUCACCACAAAGCCGCCCCACACCAGUGUGUGACAUACUCUACUCCCAUGUUAUACCACCGAAAUGCCUCAUUAUUUCCCUUUGGAGCCAGUUUGUAAGCACCAUUCAAUUCAGUACAUCAUGCUUGUCACACACUGCUGUGGGAUCGGGAGGCCAUUUGUAAGGGUUGAGUAUCACAAAUGCCAUCCCGCAGCACUGCGUGACCAGUAUCACAUUCGAUAUUCAAUUGGCAUGUUAGUCCACUGGAAGCCAGUUGUAUUUUGACCUAUUUGUAAGGAAUGUCAUCCCACAGCAGUGUGUGAACAGCAAGACAUACUCAUUAGGCAUGUCAUGCUUUCGGAAAGCCAGUUUUUUCCCUUUUGAAACAAUGCCUCCUUCACAUGGAACAUGCAUUUGUGACUUAAGCAGGACAAUUUAGUAUGUGAUGCUGGUCACACACUGUUGUGGGAUGGCAUUUGCGUCGCAUGCAUCCUGCGAAUGCAUGUUUGUUAUAAAUGGGCCACCAUUUCAAAGCAAAAUAAAGGGGCUUUUCAAUGGUUGAACAAGACAAGUGAGUGUGUGAUGCUGGUCACACACUGCUGUGAGAUGGCAUUUCUACUGCCCAACCUACAAAUGUACAACCCCAAUUCCAAUGAAGUUGGGACAUUGUGUUAAACAUAAAUAAAAAUAGAAUACAAUGAUUUGCAAAUCAUGUUCAACCUAUAUUUAAUUAAAUACACUACUAAAGACAAGAUAUUUAAUGUUCAAGUUGACGAACUCUUGUUUUUAGCAAAUAAUCUUUAACUUAGAAUUUUAUGGGUGCAACACGUUCCAAAAAAGCUGGGACAGGGUCAUGUUCACCACUGUGUUCCAUCACCUUUUCUUUUAACAACCUUCAAUAAACGUUUGGGAACUGAGGACACUAAUUGUUGAAGUUUUGUAGGUGGAAUUCUAUCCCAUUCUUGCUUGAUGUACAGCUUCAGCUGUUCAACAGUCCGUGGUGUCCGUUGUCGUAUUUUACGCUUCAUAAUGCGCCACACAUUUUCAAUGGGAGACAGGUCUGGAUUGCAGGCAGGCCAGUCUGGUACCCGCACUCUUUUACUACAAAGCCACGCUGUUGUAACACGUGCAGAAUGUGGUUUGGCAUUGUCUUGCUGAAAUAAGCAGGGGCGUCCAUGAAAAAGACGUUGCUUGGAUGGCAGCAUAUGUUUCUCCAAAACCCGUAUGUACCUUUCAGCAUUAAUGGUGCCUUCAUAGAUGUGUAAGUUACCAUGCCAUUGGCACUAACAGCCCCAUACCAUCACAGAUGCUGGCUUUUGAACUUUGUGUCCAUAACAGUCCGGAUGGUUCUUUUCCUCUUUGGCGUCCACAAUUUCCAAAAACAAUUUCAAAUGUGGACUCCACCACAGAACACUUUUCCACUUUGCAUCAGUCCAUCUUAGAUGAGCUCGGGCCCAGAGAAGCCGGCGGCGUUUCUGGGUGUUGUUGAUAAAUGGCUUUUGCUUUGCAUAGUAGAGUUUCAAGUUGCACUUACGGCUGUAGCGGUGAACUGUAUUUACUGACAUUGGUUUUCUGAAGUGUUCCUGAGCCCAUGUGGUGAUAUCCUUAACACAUUGAUGUCGGUUUUUGAUGCAGUGCCGCCUGAGGGAUAGAAGGUCAGGGGCAUUCAAUGUUGGUUUUCGGCCUUGCCGCUUACAUGCAGUGGUUUCUCCAGAUUCUCUGAACCUUUUGAUGAUAUUAUGGACAACAGAUGAUGAAAUCCCAAAAUUCCUUGCAAUUGUACGUUGAGGAACAUUGUCCUUAAACUGUUCGACUAUUCUCUCACGCACUGGAACCUCGCCCCAUCUUUGCUUGUGAAUGACUGAGCAAUUCAGGGAAGCUCCUUUAAUACCCAAUCAUGGCACCUACCUGUCCCCAAUUAGCCUGUUCACCUAUGGGAUGUUCCAAACAGGUGUUUGAUGAGCAUUCCUCAAGCUUCUCAGUUUUUUUUUUGCCACCUGUCCAAGCUUUUUUGGGACAUGUUGCAGCCAUAAAAUUCCAAGUUAAUGUAUAUUUGCUAAAAACAAUGAAGUUUAGCAGUUUGAACAUGAAAUAUCUUGUCUUUGCAGUGUAUUCAAUUAAAUAUAGGUUGAACAUGAUUUGCAAAUCAUUGUAUUCUGUUUUUAUUUAUGUUUAACACAACGUCCCAACUUCAUUGGAAUUGGGGUUGUAUCUUCCUUAGAAAUGGGCAAUUGCUUAAAAGGGGGGUGAAACCUGCUUUCCAGUAGUACACAUAACAAUUGACUAUGUCCUGCUGGUAACACACUGUUGUGGAGCGGCAUUAUUGUGCUGCGCAUCCUAAAAAUGCAUGUUCAAAUGGGGUAUUGUUUCAAGUAGAAAUGAAACAGCUUUCCAAGGGUAUAUAACAUUUAUGGUUAAGAAGCAUGGACAAAACACAGAUUUCUGAACUUUUUGUUUUUCAUUCCGGUUGAGGUUGAAUUGUGGGUCUUUUAUUUAUAUAUCUUUGACCAAUCAUAUGUGAUACAUGUCUGCUUAAUAUAAUUUUGACUUCAUCAGGUUUAAUUAGAUGCGUUGUAUUUUGGGGGCUUUUUUUUGUCAUCAUAUUUUAUCAGAGGAUUUUCUCUUAUUAAUAUUUAAUGGCAUUAAAUCAAUGUAAAACACUUGAACUCGUUAGACUUUCAUGCUUGCAUUGUGUUUUUUUUUUGGGGUGAGGGGGGCCGUUUUUACAUAAUGUUAGUUGUUAUGACGGCACAUCAAUAAAUGUGAGUUACCUGAAGAACAAC